AUGAGACCAUAAACUUCACUUCCCAAUUAAUCCUAACCCUAACCCCAAUAAACAAUUCCUACUCCAAAUUCUUUAGUAAAAUACGCUAGUGCGGUUUUAGUAUCCACUGGUGGUAAAUAAAUCAACGAAAAGAGCAAAUAAUAUACAAAUAAUGUAACAAAUCAUUAAACAGAGGCUAUACUGAAUAGUAUUUUACCGCCUCGUGAAUAUAUAAUGAAUAAAAAAUAAUUAUGGAUAUAAAAAGUAAGUGCAACACCUGCAACUAAAUCAGAUGUAUUAGAACUAGUUAAUAAUCUAGAUAAAAGAUUAUAAUAAAGAAGUGCUAAAUAAUGCGGACAAUGUCCAAUAAGAGAAGAAUUAUAUGCUUAAUGUUUUGAUGAAUUAAUUAGAUAAAUCACUAUUAAUUGUUCAGAAAGAGGUUUAUUAUUAUUAAGAAUAAGGGAUGAAAUUAAAUAUACAAUUUAAGCAUAUUAGACAUUAUAUGAAAGUGCAACUGCUUAUGGAAUGAGGAAAUACUUAAUCGCAGAUACUAGAAAAAGUGAUAUGGAUAUAUAUGUAAAAUAAUUAGAUUAAUAAUGCACAUAUGAAGGUUGUGAUUGUACAAGUGCCUUCAAUCUCCUAUAUAAAGGUAACCUUUAUAAAGGUGAAUGCACGAAAUAGAUGAUUUAGGCAAAUUGCAAGAAGAUAGCAUCAAUUCCUGAGAAAAUAUUUAAUUUCUGGAAUAUUGAUUCUGACCUUUUUUCCCUUUGUACUGACCGAUCUUCUGUAAACUAUCUGACUUAAGACUGUUCUAAUAUAAAUUUCAAGGAAUGUGAAGGACUGUAACCAUUUUGUGUUCCAAAAGAGGAGAUCUGUCCUAUAAACUCAGUGAAAUUCGGUUAAGAAAUCCUAGAGAAAAAUUCAUUCGUAGAUGAAAAGCCAAAAAAUACAAUCUCCAGAAACAGUGGCUGA